AUGGCUAGCGACAACGAGAAGACUGUCACUAGCGACAGCAGGAUUGAGCAUGGAGACCAAACGCGUCGGUCUUCGACCAGAGCCUCCAUUGACUUCGAGGCCCAGAAAAGCCUCCGUACUGUCGAAGCUGGUCUUUCUCCGCAAGAAGUCGCCGCCGUCACCGAGGUCGAUCCCAAAGAGGAGUCUCGCAUCCUCAGAAAGAUCGACUACCGUCUCGUGCCUUUACUGGCACUGCUCUAUCUACUCGCUUUCAUCGAUCGCUCCAACAUCGGCAAUGCCAGAAUUGCUGGCAUGUAUGAGGACCUCGAGCUUUAUGGCUUGAAGUACAACGCUGCUGUCACCAUCUUCUUUGUGCCUUACACGCUUCUGGAGGUGCCUAGCAACGUCGUUCUCAAGAUGCUUCGGCCAUCAAUCUGGCUCUCGAUCCUUUGCUUUUCGUGGGGUACAGUCAUGACUCUUAUGGGCCUCGUCAACAGCUACGGCGGUUUGCUGGCAGCACGCUUUUUUCUCGGGGUGACUGAGGCCGGCUUCUUUCCAGCUGCAACUUACCUUUUGACCAUCUGGUAUCGCAGAUACGAGGUUCAACGCCGCAUGGCCGUCUUCUACGCCGCGGCUUCUCUCUCCGGCGCCUUCUCUGGCCUGCUCGCCUUCGGCAUUGAGCAAAUGGAUGGUGUCGGGGGCCGUUCGGGCUGGCAAUGGAUCUUCAUCCUCGAAGGCCUCGCUCCUGUAGCUGUCGGGCUGGGCCUCUACUUCAUGUUGCCGGACAACCCAGAGACGGCCAGUUUCCUCACCAAAGACGAGAAAGAGUUCAUCAUCAACAGGCUGGCGCUUGACACGGGCUCCAAGUCCACCAAAGCCGGCCGUGUGACCAACAAUGACAAGAUCGGAAUGCACCAUAUCAAGGCAGCGUUCAAAGAAUGGAGGAUCUGGGUCGCCAUCGUCAUGUUCUGGGCCAACACCAUUGGCGUGUAUGGCUUCACAGCGACAGUCCCAGCUGUGAUCAAUGGCCUUGGCUACACCUCCGCACAGGCCCAGCUGCUCACCAUUCCCGUCUACGUCUUCGCCAUGAUUUUAACGCUAGUCUUCGCUUGGUGGUCCGACAAGAUCGAACAGCGUUCUCCCUUCAUCAUGGGUGGCUACGCCAUCGCCUGUGUUGGGUUCAUCGCUGAGCUCGCUAUUCCCCAUCCUAAUCUACCGGGGUUGACGUACGCCUUCCUCUUUGUCGUCGCGGCUGGCUUAUAUGCCCCCUUCAUCUGCAUCGUCUGCAUUAUCGGCAACAAUCUCGCGCCGUCCUCCAAGCGUGCGGUCGGCAUGGCUUUGCUCAUCUCCAUUGGCAACAUGGGCGGCAUCUGCGGCAGUAACAUCUACAUCGCCCGAGAAGCACCACACUACACCACGGGUUUCUCGGUGUCCUUGGCCAUGUGUGUGUGCGGCAUAAUCGCUGCAUUUGUGCUCCGUACUGUGUAUCGCAGAGACAACAAGAAGCGCGAUGCGCUCCUGGAAGGCAAGACGGAGGACGAGAUCCUGGGGCAGUACACCGAGCAGGAACUUCUUGACCUCGGAGACCGCAAUCCCUUCUUCAGGUAUACCCUGUAG